CCGGGUCGGCCCGUUUGGCCAGGUAUGCCCCAAUCAGCCUCCCACCAUCUAUUUCGCUAGUGCAGUCGGAAUCCAUCCUCCUCACUCGCCGCCUCCACCUUCUCCUCACUCCCACGGCGGCCGCCGACCUCCACCAGCCAAAAUCCGGCCAGAUCCGCCUCAGCGAACGCCGGCAGGCCAGCCGGUCCGCCUCGCCGACGCCGGGGCACCAGCCCUAGCCCUCGUCCGUCGGCGCUCGCGUAGCAGCCUCCAGCGACGCCGAGAACGCCCGAUCUGAGGCGCGGGCCGUCGCCAUGGAGAACGCCUGCAUAACCUUCACCUCCGUCGCGCGCUCGGUGCGGAUGCUCAAGAUCGACGGCUUCAGCCUGACGGAGAGCAUGGACCACGACAGCUGCGUCAGAUCCAGGUGGGCCUUCGACGGGUACGACUGGGAGGUCCGCGUCUACCCCGCGCUGGCCUGCUCCGCCGCCGGCGGCGGCACCGGUCCGUACGUGGUGCUGGAGGUCGCCUUCCUCAGCAAGCCCCGCCGGGGCAGCGUGCGGGCGGCCAUAGGCUGCCGGCUGGUCGACCCGAGGGGGAUACUCAAGCCGUCCAACGAGAUCAGCAUCUCCAAGGUGUUCAGCCGCCCGCAGGAGAGCUCGUCCAAGGCCGCGGUCGUCGGCCGGCGCGCGCUGGCCGCGUCGGCGUUCCUCCGGGGCGAUUCCUUCACCAUGGAAUGCACCAUCGAGGUCCUCAAGGAGCUGCCUGAUACGCCGACGGACCCUGUCGAAGAGGUGCCGGUGCCAUCCUCAAACCUCGGCCUGCACCUCGCCGAGCUCUUGCAGAGCGAGGCCGGGGCGGACGUCACGUUCCUCGUGUCCGGCGAGUCCUUUGCCGCGCAUAAGAGCAUACUGGCCGCGAGGUCUCCGGUUUUCAUGGCCCAGUUCUUUGGAGACAUGAAGGAGAAAUGCUCGCACCGUGUGGAGAUCGAGGACAUGGAGGCUGUGGUGUUCAAGGCAUUGCUUCACUUCAUCUACACCGAUACCGUGGUGGAAUUCGACGAGAAGGGCGAGGAGGUGACAAUGUUAGCUCAGCACUUGCUUGCAGCCGCUGACAGAUACGGGCUGGACAGGCUCAAGGUCAUCUGCGAAGGCAAGCUCUCUGAUGGCAUCAAUGUCGACACUGCAGCGACGUCUCUGGCUCUUGCCGAGCAGCACGACUGUCCACGGCUCAAGGCCAAGUGCGUCCGGUUCAUCAUUAGAAAUCGUGAGGUUCUUGAUGCUGUGUUGGCGACGGAGGGGUACAAGUACCUGGCGGCAAGCUGCCCUUCGGUGCUGGCUGACCUGCUCAAAUCGAGCCUGCGCGUGGGAUAAAGAGAUGAUGCAUAGAUGGGUGCUACCAGAGGUCUGAAAGAAUUCAGUGAUGCCGUAGUCUCUGUUCCUGCUUGUCAGGUGUGUCUAGUUAACUUGUGGUAUGUCUUAACAACGAACCGAAUCGCAGGGAGGUUAGUGUCUGGUUGUGCUUGUGUUCCCCUGGAUUGCUUGUGUGCAACUUGCUGCUUUCAGUGCGAUGUAAUUUAGUCUAAAUGGUCCAUGAUUUGGUAUCUAUCUCCCUGUAUGUUUAUCACUGCUACCAGGUGAUACAUGUGUAGUCCCUGUUUGUGCUUGUCAUGUAUAUACAUGUCUACUUAGCUUG